GACUCCCUUGACUCUUAGCGAGCUGGGUCGUAGUAAAAAAUUAAAAAUGGAGGCCAACGAAACGUUAGAUGUGCCUAUACAGGCCAAAAUCCAAGUUAGGGACAUUGUUAAAUUGGAAUUUGAAAUACAGAGUAUCGUGCAAGAGAUACGAGGCUGCGAUGGACCUUUAAAAGUAUUAGAUGAACUAAAUUCCCGCGCCAAACGAACAAUUAAAUCUUUAAAAGGAAAAAUACAGCAUCUUGAGCAAUUGGCUCAUGAACAAGACAAAGAAACUGACAAAAAUGCAAUACUUGUUAUCACUGAGCAGCAUCACAAAGAACUAGCAAGCAUGCAAACUUCAAUUCGCAAAGCUAAUUUGGCUUGCAAAGAGGUUAUUGACCGAGGGGAGAAGGAAGCUCUCUUUGGAAACUCAUCAAGUGACAUUCGAAAAAGAAACUUUAACAAGGAGAGCUUAGCAGAAACAACAGGAAACAUCACAAAGGAUUUGAUGAGCAUAGCAAGAAUGAUGGAAAGCCAAGUACGCCAUGCUGAAGAAGACGUGCAGAUAUUAGCCUCAUCCUCUGCUACUGUUCAUUCAACACAGGAAGAGUACAAGGGACUAUCUGGGGUCAUCAAUGCAAGUAAAAAUCUCCUAAAUAAGUACAACAGAAGAGAGGUGACAGAUAGAUUACUGAUUUUUUGCGGUGUUGUAUUAUUUGUUGUUACAGUGUUAUACGUUGUAAAAAAGAGACUUCCAAGUGUUUGGUGACAUAAAAAUAAUUAUAGCAUAAAUGUUUGUUAGAUAUUUUUCGAAGAAUCAGGUUGCAUGGUGUGAAACUAAAGCAAUGAGAAAAAAAAAUAUUUUUAUCAGGGAUAAAAAUUAACAUUGAAGCUGUUGUACGGCUCCCUGAAAUCAGAGAAGUUUUGCUGAUGUUUGAGCGCAUUCCCAUUUGAUCUAUUACCCUGUCCCUACCCGCUUCAUCUUGUAGUGUUUUUUCAUUUAAUUUACCCUGUUUGCAAAUUAAGCAAAUAGUUACUAUUUUUAUAUGAGAAGGUCCCUUUCCAUAAUUUCUAUUUUUUACCCAGAACACAAGCAGGCUCCCCCUCCGCCUUGGUAUGUGAAGGGUGAAUCUAAGCACACAAGCAGUAGCAAAUCUAUGGGAGGGGGACAAGGAGGUUUAACCCCCCCCCUUGGGCUGCCUUUUUAUAGUUUCAUUGUCUGUUCAUUUCAAAAUAGUUACAAAUGUAAAAUCAUGAUGAAAAUUUUUGGGUCACACCCCCUCCCCCUGGCAAAAAGCUAGAUCUGCCCCUGAAAAGGUUCAAUCUUAGGUUUUGCUUGAAGCAUAUGUAUUACCAACAGAGUUUGUACUAGGGGGGGGGGGGUGUAUUAUUAAAAAUAAACAGUUUUUGCAGCUGAUUUGCAUAACUUGUCCAUCCAUAUCGCCACAUGAUAUCUGAAAAUUUUACUCAAACAACAAAUGUAUGUAGAUAAUAUUUACAAUAUUUAUUGGACAUUUUUACUACCAUAGUGCAUAAAUACAGAAAAUGAAGUAUAGUGCAAAAAGACUCAAGACAAUCUGAAAAUCCAUUCACAACCUCAAAUGUUCAUUCUAUUUUCUUCUUACAGCAACAGGCUUAAGCAGAAUAUGCUAAUAAAAAUACAGUACACAGUAGGUAAAAAGCUAGGCAACAAAUUAUUAUGAAAUUAUUAAAAUAUAAAUUCAUUAUAUAAGAACAUACUAAUAAGAUUGAGACAAUCCCCUGUAUGAGAAUAGAUUAAAAGAUUCACUAAAAUAA